UCUACCCACUGGCCCCUUGAUCCUGAGGCUCUAUCAGUAGGAUCCUGCGGGUGGCUCUGGAUUCUGCGACUGCUUCGUUCUCUUCUCUCUCAUCUUGGUGGGGUCCAUAGCCAGUGCUCCUGUUGCUCAGAGAUGUGGAGGCAGUUGCUAAGAGACAGUGAAACGUCAGUACCUGGCCCUCGAGGAAAAAAAGGGAGCGAAAAAGAGAGAGAGGAGGGGGAGAGAGGCAGGGAGGAGGAGGGAGGGGAAGACCUGGCGGAAGCCACACACUCCAGCAGCCUCAGCACCAGCUGAGUUUCAGGGAGAAGCAUUCGGAUUCUGUCAACUUUCUUCUAAGCAUCCUCUCUCUGAUCCACCUUUUGAGCAAGAGAAGGGGAUCAGCACGGGGACUCACAGGACGGGAAAGCACCAAGGAUGCUGCCCGGGGAUUCAGGAGCCAUGGAGGAGGAGAGGCCGGGGGAGGGGAAGAGCCGGGAGGCAAUCUGUUCUCCUGAAGCAGCAAGCAGGGAUUCCAGGAUGAGGGAGGGAGACCCAUGUCUGCUGCAGAUUGAUGACUGUGUCCUUGGAACAGAAGGAAAUUCUGCCUCCUCGUGCUGAACACAGAGCCCAGCUGAGAGAGAGGCCCUGGCUUGGAGAAGUGGCCAAUGCUUUCCUAGCUGACCCCCAUCCUGCACCUCCAGGACACAUGGCUCUUUCCAGACUCGGUGGUCAACAGUGGGUGUCACUUGGAGUCCUCCCCUCCCUGGGGAAAGAAGAGCCUCUCCAGGGAUUUCAGUAAACACUGAGGCUGAGGACUAAGGCUUUCAGGAGUUUCAUGGAGACCCACCUCCCCCAGGGCUCCUUGCCCAAAACGCUCACCCCAGGUCCCCCUUGGACUCGAGCCCAUUGGGCCACCAGGAGAAAUGGCCUCUGAGACCUUGAAUGCUGGAGACCCAUAUGCAACCCUGGCCUCCUAAUCAGUCUCAGACUUGGGGCAGGGCUCGAGGUGUUUCAGAUGAGCCAGGACCUUUACAGGGCAUCUUUCAUGUCCUUACUCCCCUCUCCCACCUCUCAGACCUAGUACAGAAAGGAAGCACCCAGCAGUCAUGGGUGAGAGGGACACAAAACAUCUGCAGGGACCCUUCCUCAACUUGCUGGCAGUUGAUCAAGCCCCAUCCUUGUCUCCUUCCUUUUUCAAGUUUUGAUCAUCUUUGCAGACCCUGGGGGACCUCGACUGGCUUUAUUGCCCUCUAGGCUCCAAAGGGGACUUCCUGUGGAUCUCACCUAGGGAGCCCUCUGAUGCUUAGAGGCUCUGGGAAAGACUUGAGCCAUGAUACCACGUGCUCAGAAGCCCCACCUUCCAGGGCUCUUCUCCCUGUAGUAGCUGCUUCCAGUGCCACUGACUCUUGAUUCCAUGGACACAGCCCCAGCCCCGAUGGGCUCCCUUCAGCACUGCUGUUGCCAGCUGCCUAAGAUGGGUGACACCUGGUCCAAGCUGCCCUGGCCUGGGACGUCCUGCCCAACCGUGCUGCUGGUCUCCCUCUUCUUGGCAGCUGGGGUGAUGCACUCGGAUGCUGGCACCAGCUGCCCUGUCCUCUGCACAUGCCAUAACCAGGUGGUGGAUUGCAGCAGCCAGCGGCUAUUCUCCGUGCCCCCAGACCUCCCAAGGGACACUCACAACCUCAGCCUGGCCCACAACCGCAUUGCAGCUGUGCCGCCCGGCUACCUCACGUGUUACAUGGAGCUCCGAGUGCUGGAUUUACGCAACAACUCCUUGAUGGAGCUGCCCCCGGGCCUCUUCCUCCAUGCCAAGCGCCUGGCACACCUGGAUCUGAGCUACAACAACCUCAGCCAUGUGCCGGCUGACAUGUUCAGGGAAGCCCAUGGGCUCGUGCACAUCGACUUGAGCCACAACCCGUGGCUGCGCAGAGUGCACCCUCAGGCCUUCCAGGGCCUGGUGCAGCUCCGAGACCUGGACCUCAGCUACGGGGGCCUGGCCUUCCUCAGCCUCGAGGCUCUCGAGGGCCUGCCUGGCCUGGUGACCCUGCAGAUCGGCGGCAACCCUUGGGUGUGCGGCUGCACGAUGGAACCCCUGCUGAAGUGGCUACGGAACCGGAUCCAGCGCUGCACAGCAGAUUCUCAGCUGGCUGAGUGUCGGGGCCCCCCUGAAGUCGAGGGUGCCCCACUCUUCUCCCUCACUGAGGAGAGCUUCAAGGCCUGCCACCUGACCCUGACCCUGGACGAUUACCUCUUCAUCGCGUUUGUGGGCUUCGUGGUCUCCAUCGCAUCCGUGGCCACCAACUUCCUACUGGGUAUCACAGCCAACUGUUGCCACCGUUGGAGCAAGGCCAGUGAAGAGGAAGAGAUUUGACAUGGGUGCCUGGUGUCCCUCCACACUGCUGACCACCACUGCUGCUGACCCACCGGACACCCUCCCUGGCUGCCCACUCUGGCUCCAUGGUGCCCUGGUCGCCUUCAACAUGGCUCAAGCAAGGUCAGGAAACUACCUUUGUGUAAGCUCCUACUGUGGGCCAGGCACUGUGCUAGGAAUUUGGAAUGUUAGAUGAAUCCAACCUAGUCACUGCCCUCAAGGCACUUACUUCUAACAGAGGAGAGAGAUUUGAAAACUAUUCCCCUUAAGGUGAUUUGUCAUCACUCUGAGCACAUAGUUAUGGAAGACCAGAGGAGGGGUCAUCAACUGUGCCUAGAACAGUCCAAGAGAAUUGCAAGAGUAGAGGUGAUUUUUGAACUGGGUCGUCAAAAAAUGUCUUCUUUGUCAAGUAUACAAAGAAGGGCAGACAUAAGCAAAGGACAGAGGCCAUAAUAUGCAUGGUGUGUUGAGAACAGUGAACAAUCCUUUGUAACUUAAGUGUAUAGAGUGGCACAAGACCAAAACUUUCCUGCUGACACUCAAUCUGUCAGCUCUUAGUGUUGCCCACCACUGCCUAUGGAGAGUGAGAAUGCACACAUGCCAGUUAGCCCCCUUGGCCUCCUACCAGCAGCUACCAAGUGAGACCACCUCAUAUUGACUGCCCCCCAUACUACAUCACCAACUGUAGCCUGCUGGCAAGGUCCCAGACAAGUAGCAAGCUGAGGAUGGAUGCCUUCGGUGCCCUGUCUCCUAUCCCUUUCUCCUGCCUCUUACUCAAGCUUUGACUUCAGAAGAGGGAAACAGGAGGCCCAGCAAUGGGGCAGCAAGAGUCCUGGCACCCUGGGACUGCUAUUGCCAUGGUGCUCACGCCAAGGGAUCUCACCAGGAAAGUGCACUGUGAGCUACAGCCCUAUAGCAUGAUGGUACCCAGGACUGAAGGGGGGGAAGGCCACCACAGUUGUGACUGUAGGAGGAUCUGCUCUUUCUUUCUUCUAAGGAACUCACCCAUUUAAGCAUAAGGGUGAGAGAGCCAUUAAUUACCAAGCACUUAUCAGUGUCAGGCACUGUGAUAAGCUCUCUCCAUAGACAAUGCCCUUUAAUGCACACAACAGUCUUUUGAGGUGAGCAUUGUUGUUUUACAGAUGAGGAAAUUAAGGCUCAGAGAGGCUAAAGUCACACGCUACUUAACAAGCAAAAUAAAGUCUGUACUCUUUCUACUACCCCAUUCAAGUUUGGGAACAGCACAUUUCCCGCUAAAGUUACAUAAGUUCAAAUUCAAGUAGUGCUGAUGAAGCUCCUAAUAAGGGCCAGGCACUCUCCUGGGUACUUUUAUAUCUACUGACUCAUUUGCUUCAAUUCUCACAGCAACACUGCCUGGUGGUUUUUAUCAUGCCCAUUUUACAGAUGAAUUAAUUGUAGAGAGCUCACCCAAGGUUAUCUGGAUAAACUCUAGAAGGAAGGCAAUAGGCAGCUCCAUUCAGGGAAACUGUAUCUAAUCGUCAGUCGAAAACAAAGUAACUUCAUGUGCCAAGCACAAUUAUCUCCAUUGUUGUCAUCAUCUUCGUCUUCAUCAUCAGUUUCAACAUUAUCUUCCUUAUUUCUGGUCAGCACUGGACAGUUCGUGAAAUGCUUUGGCAUCAUUCUCCUUGACUUUUCACAACCAUGUGUGAGAGGCAAACCAAACGCCAUUACUACUAUUUUACAGAUUGGAAAAUAGAGCCUCAAGAGUGAGUGUGACUUGCCUAAGUGUCAACUCCAACUCAGUUCUCUUCCCAGUGUGUUCCCAGGUACUCGGGGAAGAGACUGCCUUGGAGGGCCGAGUAGGGGGGCCCCAGGAUUCAGCAGCCAUGAACAUAAAUAAAUAAAGGGCAGUGAAAGUCAGCUGCUGUGCAGAUUUAGAUAUGCUCACGGUAGGGCAAAUCACAGCCUCCAAAAUAUGACAGAUAAGAGCACAGAUAACAUCUGAAUAGGAGACACCUGCUUGCAGUGUGUAAACAACACAUUAGAACUGACGGCCAUGGUGGCAGUCACGCAAAAAAUAAGCGCUUUGGGAAACUGGAGAGGAAGCUGUGUCAACCCCUCCUACUCAAGCCUGCUGUGUUGUGUUGUAAGAGAUACAAAGGGUGCAGGAAAGCUAUGGGGUGAGAACCUCUGCAGCAUAGGGGAAGACUUUAAGGCACAGUCCACCACGUUGGCAAGGCUGGCCUAGAUGAGAAUUAAAACAGGGGCUUUCUACCUUGCCCCCAGCUGCAGCAAGCUUGUGUCAUCUCAUCCUCCUGGCAGUCCAAAAGGAAUAAAGGAGCAUAACAUAUCAUCUUCCAAGAAGUCUUCCCUUAUUUAUGCUUCCCUGAGCUAGUCAACCAAAAGAGUGCCCAGAAACUUUGCAAGACCUGGGAGUGGAACAUCGUGUCCCCUGAAUCUGGCUUACAACAUCUGGGCCAGAGCCCUGCUCCUGUGGUAUCUGGAGCAGAUCUGUCUGCUCUCUUCUGCUAUGUCCAGGAAUGGGCAGACUGGAGCUGCUCUCCACCAGCCAGUCUGACAGCCUAAACUAUUUGGAGAUGAACUUAUAGAAAUAAUAGUCCUGACGCAAAUAGCUAAGCCUCCCAUAGAAGGACACCAUAUACAUCUAUGAUAAUCUGCUAGAGACUCUUGUUUGCUAAAACAUAGUUAAUACAUUUAAGAUAUGUACUUUUUUUGUCCAUAGAAGUAGAACCAAACAAGGCAUCAAAUGCCCCUUGAGAUCAAAUAUCCUUUCUAAUGAGACUAUUUAGCCCCCAUUAAUGGCAAACCUUUCUAA